AUGGCGAAAAAGCGCUUCGAUCGGACCGCCCGGGUGUUUUUGCGCAAGGGAAAUGUGCCUGCUGUCAUCGCAGAGGCAAUGGGCAGUAAGAAAUGGAAAGUGGAACUCGUCGACGCAGACACAGGCGAACCAACCGGUACCUUCAUUGAGAAUUUGAGCUCCCAGGCGCUCCGGCAUCCAAAAGAUGAUUCUGAAUUCCCCACUCCAAACAGGAAAGAGGAUAGCGAUGACGAUGACGACGAACCCACACCAGCGGAGGUGGCGGCAACCAGUGAGCCAGGUGGGGAAAUCGAAGUGGUCCUCGAUGAAAACAACCAACUCCCCACAAUCACGGAGGGAGCAUCUGCCUCCGACGAUGAGUCUCAAGUUGGCAGAAGCAGACGACGAACAAACCGUGGCGACCGAGGAUGCUGA